AUAUUUGAAAUCUGAUGUUGACCUCAGCUUCUCCAGAAAAGAGUCUUAUUAGGAAGGAGGGGAAUGGAGAAGAGGGGGAGGAGAUGUCCGUUUCGCAGCACAGAAUCUGGCCACAAAGGUGGGAUUAGCAAACUCCUGUGGGAGAAGCUCCGGACACUGCAGACAGAGCGGGUUUACCGGGGAGGCACUGUCCACAAAGUCGCUCAGCACACAUAGAUGUUUCGGGUGCACAACAAACUUUCCCACAGUAUAUAGGACUCUUGAUGAGACAAAACGAUUACUCAAUGUGAGCUAGUUCAUAAGUAUUACUUAUAUGUCACAGCCUUUUCACAUUCGAAUCUCUGAUCUCGCUUUUCAAAAAAAAACUUUGUAAACAGCUCUAUUAAGGUAUGAUCUACAUAUCAUAACUUUCAUUUAUUAAAAGUUAUUUUUGGCAAAUUUACAGAGUUAUGCAACAGUCACCACAAUCAAUUAGAACAUUUCCAUCACUCUAGAAAGAUUCCUCAGGCUCAUUUGCCUCACUCUCCAUUCUUACCUCCAGCCCCAGGCAACUACUAAUCUACUUUCUGUCUCUCUAGGAAGCAAAGAGCAAGCUGAGCUGGAGAUACAUUUACUUUGGGUUUAGUGGGAUAUUUUUGUGUGGUUCAUGGUCAUUUCUAUGUAUUGUUAAGAUAUUGCUAGCCAUGCCCACGUAGGAAUGGCUUCCAGGAAUACUCCUGUUAUCCACUGGGCCUCCCACUUUGAUAGAAUUUUAAUGGUAAAUAGAGAAGGAUAUUCCUUUCCCUAUUCUGUCUCCAGGUCCUGGACCUCCAUUGCUAAUAGAGUAUUAAAGAACUCUGUACCCAAAUGAGAGUACACAUUAUUUCAAACACAUAUGGAUGAUUCACAAUGUAAUGCCCACAUGGUGGGCCUCAAAGGGAAUCUCAAAAAUGACCUUAAACUUGCUAACAUAUAAGCUAUGUUCAUGAAAUUAAAUAUAAGAAAUUGGAGUUUUCUGCCUGCUUCCUGAAGAGCAAGGAGACUGGUGGUCUGGUUCUUGGGCUUCCCUAGCAGCAUGGCCCCCAAAUGCCAGUCUUCCCUCCUGUCUUGAAAGAAGACACCAAGACCACCUCCUGUUCUGAGACCAGAGGAGACUUCGGCCUCUGUAGGCUUGCCAAAGAAGGGCGAAAAAGAACAGCAAGAAGCAAUUGAACACAUUGAUGAAAUACAAAAUGAAAUAGACAGACUUAAUGAACAAGACAAUGAGGAGAUUUUGAAAGUAGAACAGAAAUAUAACAAACUCUGCCAACCAUUUUUUCAGAAGAGGUCAGAAUUGAUCUCUAAAAUCCUAAAUUUGGGGGUAACAACAUUUGGCAAUCAUUUACAAGUGUCUGCACUGCUUGGGAAGAAAAACGAAGAGACGUUGCAUUAUUUGACCAGAGUUGAAGUGACAGAAUUUGAAGAUAUUAAAUCAGGUUACAGAGUAGAUUUUUAUUUUGAUGAAAAUCCUUACUUUGAAAAUAAAGUUCUCUCCAAAGAAUUUCAUCUGAAUGAGAGUGGUAAUCCAUCUUCAAAAUCCACUGAAAUCAAAUGGAAAUCUGGAAAGGAUGUGACGAAACGUUUAAGUCAAAUGCAGAAUAAAGCCAGCAGGAAGAGGCAGCAUGAGGCACCAGAGAGCUUCUUGACCUGGUUUACUGACCAUUCUGAUGCAGGGGCUGAUGACUUAGGAGAGGACAUCAAAGAUGAUAUUUGGCCAAACCCAUUACAGUACUACUUGGUUCCCCAUAUGGAUGAUGAAGAAGGAGAAGAUGAUAAUGAGGAGGAGGAGGAGGAAGGAUUAGAAGACACUGAUGAAGAAGGGGAUGAAGAUGAAGGUGAAGAAGAUGAUGAUGAAGGGCAGGAAGGAGAGGAGGAUGAAAGAGAUGACUAAUAGAAUACUGAUGGAUUCCAACCUUCCCCUUUUUAAAUUUUCUCCAGUCCCUGGGAGCAAGUUGUAGUCUGUUUUAUUUUGUUUUGUUUUUGCCUCCUGUGCUCAGUCGCCCUAUUCUUGAGGUCUCUUUUCUCUACACUUAAUUGGGGGAAGUAUCUUGAGCAGACUACAUUGAGAAAAGAGUCUCUACCCCUUUCUGUUCGAAAUUCAUUUUUAUCCCUUCCUGUCUGAAUAAAAACUGUAUGGAAUCAACACCACCAAGUUCUGUGGGAAAAAAGAAAAACCUGCUCCCUUCGCUCUGCUGGAAGCUGGAGAGUGCUAGGCUCCUGCGUAGCAGUGCAUAGAAUUCUAGCUUCUUGCCUCCUUUCUCUGUAUAUUGGGCUCAGAAAGUACACUGUGUGUCUAUGUGAAUAUGGACAGUUAGCACUGACCAACAUGUAUCUAUUUUCUCUUGUUUAAAAAAAAGAAAAAAAAAACUUUUAAAAAUGGGGUUGGCUGGGUGCAGUGGCUCACGCCUGUAAUCCCAGCACUUUGGGAGGCCGACGCGGGUGAAUCACCUGAGGUCAGGAGUUCGAGACCACCCUGGCCAACAUGGUGAAACCCCGUCUCUACUAAAAAAAUACAAAGAUUAGUUGGGCGUGGUGGCAGUCACCUGUAAUCCCAGGUACUCGGGAGACUGAGGCAGGAGAAUCGCUUGAACCCAGCAGGCGGAGGUUGCAGUGAGCUGAGAUGCGGUUGGUUGCAUUAACUUCUACUUCCUGCCAGUUAGCCCUUACUCUGCUUUUUUUUCCCUUUAGCAUUUAAUCAUUACCUGACAUAUUACAUACUUUUAAAAUCUGUCUCCCCCAACUGGAAUGUAAGCUCCAUGACAGAAGGGACCUUGUCUGUUUUGUUCACUGCUCUAUCACCAGCACCUAAGUAGUAGGUUCUCAAAUAUCUGCUGAAUAAAUUUAAUAGAUCAAUAAUAAAACAGGACUUUAAAACUACAACCACCUUUAGGCUGGGCACAGUGGCUCACGCCUAUAAUCCUAGCACUUUGGGAGACCGAGGUGGGUGGAUUGCCUGAGCUCAGGAGUUUGAGAACAGCCUGGGCAACAUGGU